AUGGCCAAUCACACGGUGAAGGAGGCGCACAGCAUCCGCGGCACCAACCCGCAGUACCUGGCGGAGAAGAUCAUCCACACACGUGUCUACGAGUACUGGAAGGAGGAGUGUUUCGGCCUCAUGGCUGCUGUGGUGGACAAGGCCAUGGAGCUGAAGUACGUGGGGGGCAUCUAUGGAGGGAACAUUAAACCCACGCCGUUCUUGUGCCUGACACUGAAGAUGCUGCAGAUCCAGCCCGAGAAGGACAUCAUCGUGGAGUUCAUAAAAAACGAAGACUUAAGAAUGCUUGGAGCACUGUACAUGAGACUGGCAGGCACUGCCAUUGAGUGCUACAAGUACCUGGAACCGCUGUACAACUAUUGCAAAAUUAAAAGUCAGAACAGAAAUGGGGAAUUUGAGCUGACGCACGUGGAUGAAUUUAUUGAUGAGCUACUCCAUGAGGAACGUGUUUGUGAUAUCAUCCUGCCUCGAUUGCAGAAACGGUAUGUUCUGGAAGAAGCUGAGGAACUUGAGCCUCGUUUUAGUGCUCUGGAAGAAGACGUGGAUGAUGUAGAAUCUAGUGAGGAGGAGGAAGAAGAAGAUGAAAAACUGGAACAGAUCCCAUCUCCUGACCACUGCAGAAGGGGCUAUAGGGACCUGGACAAGCCCCACAGAUCUCCAGUGGUGCGGUACCGAUGGAGCCGGAGCAGGUCCCCAAGGAAGUGCAGCCGCUCUCCAAAGAGAAGAAGCUCAUCAUUGCGCUGGAAGUGGCAUUGCAGCAAGAGCCAGAGACGGCACCAGAGCAGAUCCCAGGAGAGGCGCCACAGAUCGAGAUCGAAAUCUCCAGGGCAUCACCAUAGUCACAGACACAGAAGUCAUUCCAAAUCACCUGAAAAAUCUAAGAAAAGUCACAAAAAGUAA